AUGGCAAGACCUUGUGCGAAUUUGAAGGAAAUCAAUGAAAAUAAGGAACUCUGGGAAAUCGUCGUCAGAAUCCAUCAUAAAUGGACAGUUUUGUCAAAGACCAAAGAGAACUUCGAUUUGAUUGUGGUUGAUAAAGAGGUUUUUGGAUCUGUGCGAUAUCCAUUAAAGCAUAUAGAAUUCAAAGUUGUAGAUUAUGAAACUGGUGAAGUUCUUCCACCUGAUUCAAAGAGAUACUACAAGAAAUCCAGAAUUAAGAGAGGGUGUUGGUUUAUGUAUCACAAAUAUCGUGCAAUCACAAGUGCUUACUACUGUGGAGCUGUUGGUGCAUUGCUCGUGUACGACUCAACCAGGCACGUGACAUUUGAAAACGUGGAGAGAUGGUUGAAGGAGCUUCGAGAUCACACAGGCGCAUACGUUGUAAUCAUGCUUAUAGGAAACAAAACAGAUCUUCGACACUUGUGUGUCGUGUCCACAGAAGAAGCCACCGCAUUUGCUGAAAAAGAAAACAUAUAUUUCAUGGAAACUUCUGCACUCCAGUCGGUGAAUGUGGACAGUGCUUUUGUGGAAGUGCUCAUUCAGAUAUACAAUGUUGUGAGUAAAAGGGCUCUUAAGAAAGAGAAUGGCUCCGCAUCAGUGGCUAAGGGAGAGACUAUCAAUAUUGGUAAAGAUGAUGUAUCAAAGGUUAAGAAGAGUACAUGCUGCAGUACAACAUAG